UUUAAAUGCACACCACCAUGAUACAUGAUAGGCUAUCUGAUCUGCCAUCAAAAGAGGAGUCGGACCAUCACCUGCCGUACGGACCGUCACCUGCCUUACAGACUCUGGGACAUGCAGUGAUUCCGAAGGUCCGUCGGGCAAUGGCAAAUGUCCGGAUUCCCAUUUUAAAGGUUUCCUUCAAAGCUUGUAAGCAGGCUGGGAUUAAAUCGCAUGGGGAAUUUCCACAGAAUGGCUUGGUUUCUAUGAUGGAGAUAACAACAUGGAGGGCUGACCAUGGGCACCAGAUGAUGAAGUCACAGAGCCAGAACACGUCUCAGCGAUUCAAUUAUUGAUGUGAGCUGGAUCUAGUGCACCAAGAUGUGGUACUGAAGGAGAUCUAAAAUUCCUGCAGUGGUGGUAUUGUGUUGGUCCAGUUACGAUUGGCAGAGAUUUUGGAAUUGACAGGAACUUUGAAGAGGGUUUUUUUUUUACAUGGACUACUCACAACCCUAACAAGGUUUCACCCUUGGGUACACUGGACUUAGCAGACCGUCCCCCACCAGGACAAAUUUGACCACACACCAGAGCAUACAUCUCUCAGCAGCAUGACAGUCCAUGUGGUGGGGGUGGUAGCAGUUAUCCUCUUUUACCUCCUGAUCUUGGGGGUGGGGCUUUGGGCAGCUCGGAAAUCUCGCGGGGAGACGGACAGUGAAAAUGUGAUGUUAGCAGGCCGGAACAUAGGUGUGCUUGUAGGAGUCUUCACUAUGACAGCCACCUGGGUUGGAGGGGGUUUUAUCAAUGGAACAGCGGAAUACAUUUAUAAGGACGGAUUGCUAUGGUGUCAAGCUCCCUUUGGAUAUGCCCUCAGCUUAUUGUUUGGUGGCCUGUUUUUUGCUGAGAAGAUGAGGACGGAGGGGUAUGUGACGAUGCUGGACCCCUUCCAGUUAAAGUAUGGACAGAGGAUGGGGGGGUUGCUCUACAUUCCAGCUCUGCUGGGGGAAGUGUUCUGGACCGCGGCCAUUCUAGCCGCUCUUGGUGCUACAAUCUCUGUGAUCGUGGACAUUGAUGUGAAGACAUCCAUCAUCGUGUCCGCCUGCAUUGCCGUUUUUUACACCUUGUUUGGUGGCCUGUACUCGGUUGCCUACACUGAUGUCGUUCAGCUCUUCUGUAUAUUCUUUGGUCUUUGGUUAACUAUUCCGUUUGCCAUGACAAAUCCUCACGUAACGGACAUCUCUGUCAAUGCUUCCAGUCUCUGGAUUAAGUCUGUCGAUCCCCAGUACAGUGGUGUCUACAUUGAUGGCAUGCUGUUGUUGGUCUGCGGGGGGAUUCCCUGGCAGGUGUAUUUCCAGCGAGUGUUGUCAGCCAAGUCAGCAUUCAAUGCCAAAAUCCUCUCGUAUGUGGCUGCCUUUGGCUGUGUUGUCAUGGCUAUUCCGGCGAUCCUGAUUGGUGCUAUAGCAACAAACACAGACUGGAAUAACACGGACUACACACUGAAGGACAAUCGGGAAUUCCCUAUCCCCCCUGAGAACAUGAACCUGAUUCUGCCCAUGGUAAUGCAGUACCUGACCCCCACGUGGGUGUCGUUCUUUGGUCUGGGGGCGGUGUCUGCGGCUGUCAUGUCAUCUGCUGAUUCUUCCAUAUUGUCAGCCAGCUCUAUGUUUGCCAGAAACAUCUACAAAUUAUUGUUUAGACAACAGGCCUCUGAACAAGAGAUUGUAAAUGUGAUGAGGGUAAGCAUAUUUGGAGUGGGUAUCCUAGCAACAAUCAUGGCCAUCCUGGUGGACUCGAUCUACAUGCUGUGGUACCUCUGCUCGGAUCUUGUGUAUGUUAUUCUGUUUCCACAGCUGGUCAGUGUUGUUUAUCUCAAAGGCACCAACACGUAUGGAUCUCUGGGAGGCUUCAUCGUGGGCUGGUUCUUCCGUUUGAUGGGAGGGGAGACCAGCAUGAACAUUUCUGCCGUCAUUAAGUACCCCUGGUAUAAUGAAGCCACGGGGGAACAGCUGUUCCCAUAUAAAACCUUAUGUAUGCUUCUAUCCUUUGCAUCCAUAGUCCUCAUCUCGUACCCGUUAAAAUACGUGUUUGAAAAAGGAUUGAUCCCCCCAAAAUAUGAUGUCUUCAUGUGCAUUGUCAAUGUUCCGGAGGAGACCAUAGCGCUAGCGUUUAAUAAAAUGUCCGAUCUAAAUGCAGUGACUCCCACGGAAGUAAACGGUAAAAUCAACCCUGCUUUGAAAUUUUCUCAAGAUGACUUGCUGGUUGCAGAGCAAUAUGAAAAGAAAGACACAGAACACAGCCAGUUCCUAACACCAGAAGACACUGCGGUUCAAAAACAUUUUCCUUAAGAAUUUUCAAUUGUGCUUGUUAGAGGUUCUAGUAAUCAUAUCAUGCCCAUGUUGUGGAUGUUAUUUUCAGUGUGCUAUAUCAAGGGGAAACAAAUCCUACAAGAAAAAUCUUUUAGAGAUCUUUAGCCUAGCGUAAUCCAUUGCGUUCUAAGUAAUGUACUGUGUGUACUUGAAAAAAUGAUCGGUUUUUUUACUGUUGGUUAGGACUAGGGCUGAAACGAUUCACCAAAAUAUCGAUACUGUUCAAUUAAAAUGCUUGAUUCAAUGUUAGAUUCAUUUCCUCGAACUUUGGUGCGAUACGUUUUUUGAAAUCGUGUUUGGUAAAAUCAUCGGGCUUGACCUGUACUUCUCUUCACAUGUACGAGGGACAAAAUGGAGUGACAGUCUGAUAACAGUUAGACGGUGGUUAGCUUAGAGUCUGACAAAAACAAUAAUGCACUUAAUCAGUUGAAACUACAGAGCCAACAGGCAUCUCAACGUUAGGCGGUUUGGAUACAGUUUACUUUUGAAAUUGUGACUGUGAAUCUUGGUAAUCAAAUUUUUCUUCUAUGUUAUUAUUAGUUUCUUCUGUAAAAUGUAUCGUAUUGAAAUAUUGAAUGGUGGCUUAAGUAUUGCAAUAUGUAUCGUAUCGCAAAGGGGAUGUAUUGUUUCAGCCCUAGUUGAGACAUCCAACUUGGACUACAAUCAAAUUAUUUUGAGACUAAGACUACAUGAUACUUCAUAUGUGUGUUCUUUGUGGAACUCGUUGCAUAACACCAGAGUGCACCCUGAUCAUUUGAAGAAGAUAUGAUUUUACAAAUGUCCAUCUGCUCUAUUUCAAAAAUCAAUUCUGCUUGUGACUUUUCAACUGUAUAAUGAAUAGACCAAGUCCAACAUGGUAUAGCAGUAGAUUGUAGAUGGUACAUUUGUAUCUAACAUGCUCGGUUUCUUAGUUAUAAAUUAGCAAUGUUAAAAAAAACAGAAUCCAACACUACCAGCAUAUGUUCUGCUAUAAUUUAGGUGGUUGAAUGGUUUCAGCCUUGGACGGCAGUUAUAGAUCCACAGGAGUCAGCAGUGGUCUGUAAUGUAAAUAACAACCACUGAGCUUUGCAAGCGUAGCUCACGAAGUUCAGUGGUUGCUGUUUACAUUGUAAACCUUCGUAGAUAAAACUGCCGACUCCUGUGAUCAGAUCCACCAGGAGACGGUCAUCCAACCAACUGACCAUUUAUCAAAUGCAGCAUCAUUUCCUGUGGUCAUCUAACCAACUGACCACCUAUCAAAUGUAUCAUUACCUGUGGUCAUCUAACCAACCGACCACCUAUCAAAUGUAUCAUUUUCUGUGGUCAUUUAACCAACUGACCACCUAUCAAGUGCAGCAUCAUUUCCUGUGUUGUUGGAUUUUUUUUUUAUACAGCUAAUUCAAUCAUCUACAAGUAACUUAAAGCAAGACACAGUGCCUGUUACUUUUAAAACUCAUCCAAGUUUCCAAUUCCAUACUCAACCAACAACACAGUGAUGACCCUGGAGAUAAAAUGUGAUUUAUUUUUUGCCAGUUGGCAAUGUAACAUCAGUACACCUGUUGUGAUAGAAUAAAUUUAUGAGCAGCCAGAGCUA